UUAUUUAUUUUGCUUAACGAGCUUAGAUAAUUUGUUUUGAAGGUGACAAACAACACCACGCCACACAGGCACAUCAGCACAUUUCUUUGUUGUUUCCAAUGGAAAAGCUAGAAAGCCUCAAAUCUACCGUCGCUUCUCUUUCUGAGAUCAGUGAAAAUGAGAAGAACGGAUUCAUCAACCUUGUCUCGCGCUAUCUCAGUGGAGAAGCGCAUCACAUAGAAUGGAGUAAGAUCCAAACUCCAACUGAUGAAGUGGUUGUUCCUUAUGACAUCUUGUCCCCCUCUCCUGAUGAUCCUGCUGAAACGAAGAAGCUUUUGGACAAACUUGUUGUUUUAAAGCUUAACGGAGGUCUCGGAACCACUAUGGGAUGUACUGGCCCCAAAUCUGUCAUUGAAGUUCGCAAUGGCUUGACUUUUCUUGACCUGAUUGUUAUUCAGAUUGAGAAUCUUAAUUCAAAAUACGGAUGCAAUGUUCCAUUGGUUCUGAUGAAUUCAUUCAACACCCAUGAUGAAACAUUGAAGAUUGUCGAUAAAUAUUCCAAUUCAAACAUUGAGAUUCAUACUUUUAAUCAGAGCCAAUAUCCUCGUUUGGUUGUUGAAGAUUUUACUCCAUUACCAAGCAAAGGCCAGCACGGCAAGGAAGGAUGGUAUCCUCCGGGUCAUGGUGACGUGUUCCCAUCUCUUAUGAACAGUGGCAAGCUUGAUGCUUUCUUAUCACAGGGCAAAGAGUAUGUGUUUGUUGCCAACUCAGACAACUUGGGUGCUAUUGUUGACUUGAAAAUCUUAAACCAUUUGAUCCAAAACAAGAAUGGAUAUUGUAUGGAGGUUACACCCAAAACCUUAGCUGAUGUUAAGGGUGGUACUCUUAUCUCUUAUGAAGGAAAAGUUCAGCUCCUUGAAAUUGCUCAGGUCCCUGAUGAACACGUCGACGAGUUCAAGUCAAUAGAAAAGUUCAAAAUUUUCAAUACAAAUAAUUUGUGGGUGAACCUGAGUGCAAUCAAGAAGCUCGUGGAAGCUGAUGAACUCAAGAUGGAGAUCAUUCCAAACCCGAAGGAGGUCAACGGAAUCAAAAUUCUUCAACUGGAAACUGCAUCUGGUGCAGCAAUUAAGUUCUUUGAUCAUGCUAUUGGUAUCAACGUACCUCGAUCACGAUUCCUUCCAGUGAAGGCAACUUCAGAUUUGCUUCUUGUUCAGUCUGACCUUUACACCUUAGUUGAUGGAUUUGUUAUCCGGAAUAAAGCUCGAGCAAAUCCUACAAACCCAUCCAUAGAACUGGGGCCUGAAUUCAAGAAGGUUGGUAACUUCUUAAGUCGAUUCAAGUCGAUCCCAAGUAUCAUUGAGCUUGAUAGCCUUAAGGUGACUGGUGAUGUUUGGUUUGGUGCUGGCAUUGUUCUCAAGGGGAAAGUUACCAUUGCUGCAAAACCCGGGGUAAAGUUGGAGAUUCCUGAUGGAGCUGUAAUUGAGAACAAGGAAAUUAAUGGUCCCGCAGACAUCUGAGAAAGAGUUGCCUGCCGGCCGAAGUUUACCGGUGGAUGACGAAUCUUUUAUGCAAUAGGAAGUGAAAUAAAAGAAAGCAUUUGGAACACUAGUAUGGGUGUUUUAUAUCAACAUAUAUACAUCGUAUAUCUUGCGGGAGUUUCUCUUUGAAUUGCUAUUUUUCGAGCUCUGCCCCUGCGAAUGAUGAAAAACAGUAUUCUGAAUGUUGGGUGUACCUUUUACAUUCCGUUUUCA